ACUAGAAUCACAUAGAAUCACAACAAAUGAAUCACCCCCAGCUAAUUUUUGGAAUCAUAAACUACUGAGUCGUCCCUCGUUCUUUUUUUCUGGCCGUUUUGCUCAAAGCUUCAAAAUGGGAAAACCACGAGGUCUCCGGACUGCCAGGAAGCACGUAAAUCACCGCAGAGAUCAGCGAUGGGCUGACAAGGAUUACAAGAAGGCCCAUUUGGGGACACGCUGGAAGGCCAAUCCCUUCGGUGGGGCAUCACACGCCAAGGGAAUCGUCUUGGAAAAGGUUGGUGUUGAAGCCAAACAGCCCAACUCUGCCAUUCGUAAGUGCGUUCGUGUCCAAUUAAUUAAGAAUGGGAAGAAAAUUACGGCAUUCGUCCCGCGUGAUGGUAGCUUGAACUACAUUGAGGAGAACGAUGAAGUCCUAGUUGCGGGUUUCGGACGAAAAGGUCAUGCCGUUGGUGACAUUCCCGGCGUUCGUUUUAAGGUCGUGAAAGUAGCGAACGUGUCACUCUUGGCGCUUUACAAGGAAAAGAAGGAGAGACCACGAUCCUAAAUUACAGGAAAGGGGUCGUCUUUUCUUUUAUUUUUUCUUAUUUAACAACAACAAAAAGA